UAAGCACUGUCGUCCACCACCACCUCCACCACCAAAUCUCACUCACCCCACAAUGCCACUGCCACCCCACCACCUACACCACCACUUUAUUAUAAUCCAGAUUGCCAAAGAAAUUAAAGAAGCUACUAGAAUUUCAAGAAUCUUUUAAAGAAUGUUUCUUUGCAUUCCCUAUAUAUAGGGUUAGCUUCUUAACCAAUUCCACUCACCAAAACCAUUGGCUUCUCUUCUCAAACACUUGCAUAUACACAUAAACAUCAUAUAUACCAAUAGCUAGCUUUCAGUUUUUGAAGCUUGGAGAUUAAAUGGCAAGCUCAAGGGUGCUUGGUGCUGCAUUCUUGGUCUUGCUCCUUGUCGACCUCUGCUUUGCUGGUAGGUCGUCAAAGGCGAUUGUAAGUACAGGAGGUGGAGGUGGUGGAGGAGGAGAAGGGGGAGGUGGUGGUGGCGGCGGUGUUUUAGAAGGAGGACUUGGGUCUGGUUCUGGUUUUGGUUCUGGGUAUGGGUCUGGGGCUGGCGAAGGAUAUGGUGGUGCAGGAGGGUACGGCAGUGGAGGAGGUGGAGGCGGUGGUGGUGGAGCUGGCGGCUCUGGUUCUGCUAAAGGGUUUGGUUCAGGCUUUGGGUCCGGAGGUGGCUCUGGCUUCGGCUCUGGUUCUGGUGGUGGGAAAGAAGGUGGUGGAGGUGGAGGUGGAGGUGGUGGGAAAGGAGGAGGUGGUGGUGGAGGUGGAGGCUCAGGCAAUGGAAGUGGGUCAGGUUACGGAUAUGGCAGUGGAAGCGGGUCAGGAUAUGGAAGUGGAGGUGGAAAAAGUGGAGGUGGCGGUGGAGGCGGAGGUGGAGGAGGAGGAGGAGGUGGUGGUGGUGGUGGAGGUGAGAACGGAUCUGGCUCUGGCUAUGGUUCAGGGUACGGCGGUGGUUCUGGAUAUGGAGGAGGGGGAGCGGAUGAUGAUGGUUUCCCAUGACAAGAACAAGAAAGGGAAUGUUUCUGUGUAGGUAACAAUUUAUUGUGCCAAGUCAUUUGUAAUGUUGGAAUAAAAUUGCAGCUGCUCCGCCACUUUCACAGUCAUGAUGUGGUGGUGGCAGCCCAUGUACGGCCACGGUAAAGUAUUAUACCUAAUAACUAAAUUAAUCAUUGUUGGUGCCUUGUUUUCAUGUAUUAUAUAUAUAAUUAAUAAAGUGAUCUUUUAUUUUUAA